AUGGCUACUGUCGAUUUCGUCAAUGACGCAAUCUCGGCCGCGGAUCUGUCACCAACUGAACAUUUACUCCUGAAGCAUUUUAUCAACGAAGCAGUCGAGCCCAAACUUGCCGCACAGUUCAUAAAGUCAAUAAUCGACCGAGACUCAAACAACGUGGAAGAUAAUUUACGCCGAUUUAAGAAAGAUUGGAGGAAGUUAGCUAACCGGUUAACGGUUGUCGAGCCUAUUUCUAAGCCACUUGACGCUUUGGUAAGAGAAAGAGAUGGGCCGUAUUGCAUCAUGUCGAUGUUUCGAGAGGGCAAUACAAGGCCGGUGCCAACACCGGUUGAGUCUGCUCACGUGAUACCACCCUCUUUUCUUCGAGACAUCGAGUCCGCCGAAGAGGGACGCUUACUUCGCAUCCUUGAAACUUUUGUUUCUACACCUAAUGUGGAUCGGUUGAAUGCAUUGCUUUCUAGUCAGAUUCAAGAUAAUGCAAUUGCCUUGCGCAAUCUUUGGUUACUUUCACCGAGUGUGCAUAAGGCUUUUCGGGCUGGUCACAUAGAAGUGCGGAAGAGUGUCGAUGAUUCUGAAGAUGUGGAUACCGGGGCUAUGCAACUGGAGACGUAUAAAUUGGCAUACAAGUAUCCCGAGCCACUCAAAAAUCUCUUCUUUGGAAACGGAUUUCACUUUUCUGGAUCUCUAGAAUGGUUUGAGAUAUCUACGACAAAUCCUACAGAUUUUCCUUUGCCAAGCAAAUUUCUUUUUGAUAUCCACCGCCGUUUCACUACUGCUCUUCACCUUUUCAGCAUCGAGGAUCAAAUUGAUCGUGGCUGGCCGAAGCCUACUAGUAGCAUCUUACAGAAAUCAUUUGGACCUCCCAUCACAAUUUUCAAACGAGCUUUUCACAAUUUGUGGUUGUGGGUACCAGACUCGAUACGAUUGCGCUGUUAUCGUCAUAUGUGGACCAUUGGAAAAUGGUUGUAUGGGCCAGAAGAAGUGCGAUGGGUUCAAAGAAUUCCUUUUGGUCUUCAUAUCAAAAGAACACAGGGGACCUCAUGGAAUGAAUCAAAUGCUCUCAAUAUGGUUGAGCGAUACACCUCUAUCCCAGCCCCUCGAAGCGUCGAUGUUGUGGAAGAUUCAAGCCAAGGUAUCACCUUCUUAGUUAUGACACGCCUAAGCGGGGAAAGUUUUCGACGUUCAUUUCAUCUAAUGUCAUAUGCGGAAAGAAAUCAGUUUAUGGAUGAUAUCGGAAAAUGUGUCACACAAUUGAGAAACAUCCCAAAUACUACUCCUUAUCUUUUUUCUGACACGCUGGGUGGUCCUAUGUAUGAUCAUCUCAUACCGAAUCGAACUGGUGGUCCUUUCAAUACCGAGUUUGAUCUCCAUACAUAUAUGUACAGUGAGGUAGGCGAGGGUCAAUCACUUGCAGAGAUAUAUGAUGGGGAAGAAAACAUACCUCACGGAUACCAGUCAGUAUUUACACAUUCCGAUUUACACUAUUCCAAUUUGUUGGUGGACCAGGGGCGGCUCUGUGGUAUCAUUGAUUGGGAGUGUGCUGGAUUUAAGCCGGAAUAUUGGGAAUUUACCCAUGCGAGCUUUGGAGUUUGGGGUAAUAAAUAUGAGAUGUCGCUGCUGCGAAGGAUUUUUGGAAAUAAAUAUGAUAAAAUUCUUGAAAAAGAAGAGAUCCGAUGGAGGUGUGAUCCUAUAUUUUGA